UUAUUUUAUCAACUUAAACAGCUACAUAUGUUUCAUCAUUUUGUGCCGGCUUCUUCAGAAGUUACAAUUUUGUUUAAAGAUUCAAUAUUCAUAAAUUAGUAAAUCUAUUAUUAUUUCCAGCAACUACAAAUUAUAGUAGCAAAACUACGAAUUGAAAUAGUUUGAAGUAUAAUAGGUUAUCAGUAAUUUUCAAGCCAACAACUGAAAAUUAAAUUAUAAAUUUCAUAAAUGAUCACAUUAACGAAUAUUACUAGGAGUUGACUGGGAUUAAUCUUCUAUAAGUAGUGUCAACUACCGUAAACUACCAUAAACAAGGUCAUGAUAAGGUCAACUGUUUGUUUACAAAAAAUAAUAGUCAUUCGAUACUUGAACUUGGUUAAUGAAUAUUUGCGUGUGCGUACACAUUACGCAGUCAACUAAUUAUUUCAAAUAACAUACUAAUAAUUGCAGGUUUGAAAUAAGUUAGAGACAAGAUAAACUCAAAUUUUAAAAUAAAAGAUAAAACUUGGAGAGUGUUGGGGAGAUUUCAAACAAAGCUUUAAAUAACCAUGGAAGAAGUUGAUUCAAUAAUAAUUGAUUCACUGAGAAAUAUUGAAUGUGAUGUUGACAUCGAAAUUCACAGUUUAAAAGAUUUUGAUUCAGAAUUAAUUUUUAAUUCGUUUGUAUAUUGCUUAGAAGUAAUAAAUCCUGAAAUAAAGUUUCCUCAUGGAUUGCCUCCUUCUAUGAGUCUACGGUUAAAAUUAGCAACGAAUAUUGCUGAAUGUAUAAAAGAUUUGGGUUAUAGAGGUGACAUGGGUUAUCAGACAAUUCUAUACUGUGAUGAAACAGAGUUAAGAAGGGUGUUAAUGUUUCUAAUUGAACGAAUUCCAAGGGAUAAUAAAGUUACUAACAAGGAAAAAGAAGAAGGCUAUGUUACUAAGUUAGUAAGACAGAUUGAGAAAAAGAUACAGGAAAGCUUGCAUAAACCAUGGGUACCAAGUGAACUAUUAAAAUUUGGAGUAGACGAUACAGAAAAAUUGAUCCUCCGUCAAAACUAUGGAGAAUGCUUUUCUUUUCACACUGAAGUUGUUAAAUUACCUAAAACUCUGGAACAGCAUUCAGAAAUACUGAAGAAUUAUUGGAUACAUAGUCUUCCAAAUGUCACAGAACAAUGUAGUUUUUAUAAGUUAGUACCAUCUUUGCUUUUUUCUGAUGCUAAAUUUUUACAAAAACAUUUACUAAUGAAUAAGUAUGAUGUUAUUAAAAACCUUGUGAAGGAAGAUACAUUAAAAAAAUAUGAAGAAUCAUCAGAUAAUAAUAUAGCAACUUUAAGGCAAGUUGCUAAUGAAAACAUUGAUGAAUAUGAACAUCAAACUGAAAGUAAAUUGCCAUUGGAGGAGGAGAUGGAAAGAAUUAUUCAAGAAAUAAAAGCAAUUAGUAAAAGUAAACUUGUUAUGGAGAAAGAAAUCAAGACUGCUGGAGCUAAAUUAUCACAAAUUAAAGAUGAUGUAAUUCAACAAGGUGAACUUUUAAAAGAAUCUCAAGCAAAAGUUCAGUUAAAGAAAAAAGCGCAGGCUGUACUUUCCAAACAAGAAAAUCUAAUUAAGUUGAAGAAAAUAGUUGAAAGUGGUUCUGAAAGGCUGGUAGAACUUGCUAACCAAUGGCAUUCUGUACAGACCCCAUUAUUAAAUGAAUAUAGAUCUUUGAUAAAUAAUCAUAGUGAUCAAGAAUUAAAGAUUUUGGAAGAAAAUGAAAAGUUGGAAAAGAUACAAGAGAAAAAUAAACAAAUUGUUAAUGAAAUUAAAGAAAAAGAACGAUUGGAACAGCAACUUUUGAAUGAAUUUGAAAGGAUAAAUAAAAACGUUAAUAGAUCAGCAUACACAAAAAGAAUAAUAGAAAUAAUUGCAAAUAUUAAAAAACAAGAAGAGGAUAUAAAGAAAAUUUUAAAUGACACUAGAGCUGUACAAAAAGACUUGAAUAAUUUGAAUGGGCAACUUGAGAGAUCGUUCACAUUAGCUGAUGAACUAAUUUUCAGGGAUGCAAAAAGGGAAGAAACAGCUAGAAAAGCGUACAAGUUAUUAGCAACUCUUCAUAGUGAAUGUAACCAAAUUGUCCAAACAGUAACUGAUUUGGGCGUAAUGGAAAGGGAAGCUAGAAAUUUACAAGACCAAGUUGACAUAGAGCUUAGUCGAGAGACAGCAUCUAAAUUAGAAAGAGUAUUAUAUGAUUUAUCAGAGGUGAAGAAGGAAAAUGAAAUUCUUGCCAAACAAAUUAGUAAACAACAAAUUAACUAAUGAAAAGAAAAAUUGUACUGUUUCUAUUUUUAAGGGGUACUGUAGUGUCCUUAACAAAAUGUAAUACUUAUAUUGAUGACAUGCAAUUGGUAUUAAAAGUAAGUUCUAGUUAAUAUUAUGAAAUAUUUAAAUAAUUGGAAUUAUACAAGUUUUGCAUAAUUUUUGACUAAAAAGUAUUUCUUAGAUUUCAAUAAAAAUGGGAAAAGAAUUGCAAGAAAACAGA